AUGCCUACGUCCUGCGUUCUGCCCGUGGCAAACGUGCCAUUGACCGUGGCAAACGCGCCAGCAACCCAACACGCGCCCCGUCACACAGCAGCAGCGCGCACAGCAGUAGCUGCACGCAUGGCAGCACGCACAGCCGCGCGGAGCAGCAACGCACACGCCCACGCGCGUACUAGUCACCCGCGUGCGCAGCAGCAGUGCGCACUGCAGUGCGCGCAGCAACAGCCGCGAACGCACGCGCAGCAGCCGCCCGCGCGCGCAGCAGCAGACGCACACGCAGCCUCUGCUGCAGCCGCGCGCCGCUACGUCACGUCUCUCUCCCUGCCGCGCCUGUUGGCUGGCCCCGUCGCCACCCCUCGCGGCCCCGUCGCCGCCCUUCUCGGCCCCUCGCGGCCCCUUCGCGGCCCCGUUGCCGCCCCUUUCGGGCCCCUCGCAGCCCCUUCGCAGCCCGUCACCGCCCUUCCAGGCCCCUCGCGGCCCCUUCGCGGCCCCGUCGCCGCCCCUAUCGGCCCCGUCGCCGCCGCCAGCGGCCCCGUCACCGACCUCUCAGGCCCCUCGCGGCCCCUUCGCGGCCCCGUCGCCGCCCCUAUCGGCCCCGUCGCCGCCGCCAGCAGCCCCAUCGCCGACCCUAGCGGCCCCGUCGCCGCCCCUAUCGGCCCCGUCGCCGCCGCCAGCGGCCCCGUCGCCGACCCUAGCGGCCCCGUCGCCGACCCUAGCGGCCCCGUCGCCGCCCCUAUCGGCCCCGUUGCCGCCUCCAGCGGCCCCGUCACCGCCACUUGCGGCCCCGUCGCCGCCCCUUUCGGCCCUUCCUCGACCCUGCCCCGGCCCCGCCCCGGCCAUGCUUCGUCGCCAGCGACCUGA